AUGGUUUUCAUUCUCGGUGUUAACUUCCCUGAACGGAACUUGCUGAAGAAAUCCCUCGAGAGCUUCUUCGGCAUCGGUGGACACACAUCAUCUCGCCUUCUGGCUCGCUUCAACAUCCAUCCUACCUGCCGUGUCGGCGAAUUGGCCAACAAGCAAGUUCUCGACCUCACUGCCGUGUUGUCGGACAUGAAGAUUGAGAAUGACUUGCGCCGAGAAGUCCUGAAUGAUAUCAAGCGUUUGAAGGAGACUGGUACAUACCGUGGUCGUCGUCACGCUCUUGGGUUGCCCGUUCGCGGACAGCACACGAGAACUCAGAUCAAAACCGCUGUCAAGUUGAACCGCAUGGAGCGCCGACUAUAA